CACUGCGACUCGGGCGUUCGCCGUCGCAACACAACGUACCGUUUGACGCACGCUACUCGCCUGCGCACGAUCAGCUGUCUGCAUAAACACGUCGCCGUCAUCGCGAGCUAGCGCUAACCAUCAAUAAGCCGCAGUGCGGUGUGAAAUGGAGCUGCUGUGCGCGGAGCAUGUGAGCCCUAUCAGUGAGGGCGAAAAUACAGGCACAGCUAGGGCGGUGCCGCAGGUCGCCGUGCAUGACCCGGUGCUGCUGCGGCGGCGCGUACUCGACAACCUGCUGCGCACAGAGGAGCGGUACGCCGUCACCGCCAAUUACUUCGGCACCGUGCAGACCGAGAUCACCCCCAACAUGCGCCGCCUCGUCGCCGAGUGGAUGCUUGAGGUAUGCGAGGAUCAAAGUUGCCAGGAAGAGGUGUUCCCAUUGGCGGUGUCCUACUUGGAUAGGUUUCUAAGCGUGUGCGCGGUGCGCAAGAGUCAAGUUCAGCUGUUGGGCACCACAUGCUUGUUGUUGGCGUCUAAGCUGCGAGAACCAAGCUCACGGUGUCUGCCUGCUGAACUACUCAUCUUCUACACAGCUAAUAGCAUUACUCUCGCAGACCUUUGCAGCUGGGAGUUGCUGGUGCUAUCCAAGCUGAAGUGGGACGUAGCUGGCGUGACGGCACACGAUUUUCUCCCACUUUUGCUAUCCCGACUACCACUGCGAGGGCUCGUCAAUACUGAGAUGGUGCAACGUCAUGCGCAAACUUUCAUCGCCCUAGCCGCUAGAGAUUACCAAUUUACAUUGUACUCUGCGAGCUCAUUAGCAGCUUGCAGCAUCGCUGCGGCACUGCGCGGUCUCGGUUUAGAUGGUCAUAUGGCUCUCUUACAAGAACUCACACGGAUUGACUUGGAUUGUCUCCAGACAUGCUUGGAACAAAUCGAAGCGAUGGUGGAUAACAUGAUCGAAGAAAGAUCUGUCUCGAUCCCAAACGGUCAGAGCAGGGAGGCAGCGGGUUGGACCCCCCCUCCCAGCCAGGAUAAGGCGCACAGUAACGCCGCCACGCCCACCGACGUCAGAGACGUGCACUUCUGAGGCACUACUGUGCGUCCAGCGACAAAGGAACUAUUGCUUUAACUACGGUGCGUUAGUACGAAAAUACUUUAAACUAAGACGUGCGUGCAUCCAUUAUGGAGGACUGACACCAAGACUGACAUUGGCACGUGUUUAACGUAGGUGCCUACUUACUGUAUGUUCUUUAGGUUAAGUGCGCGUUUAUUAUGACGUAAGCUCUAUUCUACGUGUCAAGACUACGACUAAGACAGCUUUAGAUGUUUCAAUAUAUCUAUUCAACAAUAACUAAAUUUAUUUCAACUAAGCUGAACCAAUCUACGAACUAUAACUAGGACAACGCUGAAAAGUUUACUAAGUAGUUUCAGGUGUAAAAUGGUUCGAGAUAUUACAAUCUACCUCUAUAUUUUUAAGACAUUAGCUUCAAAUUCAUUUUUGCUAUCGACUACCUUAUAAAUAGCUGUUACACAUAGUCAUUACAUAGGCAUUGUAAUCGAAUGGGACCAAAGUUAGCUCUUCGCAAUAUCUUGAUUUCAAUGAUGAACUGAUUUACUACUUCAGGAACUUGUCAUUAUUUUUAGUUAAUAUCAUAGGACCUACAAUAGUAUAGUAUUGUUUGUCAACGUCUAAUUAAAUUCCUAAUUAUAUAUACCUACUUAAGUAAGAAGAUAUUGAUAAAUAAUGAAUUUAUAAAGUUCAAUAGUUUGCUGUGAAUACAGCAGUUAGUCUUUCGUUACUUCAAGUUUGUAUUUUAAAAUACAAUACUUCUAUCUGAUUUCGUUUUUUUUUCGGGGGAAGGCAAUAAAUUACGCUUUAUAAUAUUAUAAAAAAAUAACUAAUAUUAUUUCAUUUGUUAUUAUAUUUAUAAACUACAGAGUCGACUAUAAUAGCUGCGUUUAAAGUAACUACACCUCUCUCUUCAAAUCUAUAACUAAAUAUGUUAUGAAAUAUAAAUAGAUAAACUAAACGAUUCUCUUAAUUAUAUAGGGGAUUUAAUUAUAAUUUUAUAAUCUUGUUCCUGUUUGAUAAGAAAUACCAACAAUGAACUUUUAUUGUGAUAGAUUUUAAAAGUUAUCAAACUUCAUAUAAUAGUCACUUUCAGUCAUAAUAUGUUAACUUAGGAGUUUACUUUAUAG